UAAUAAAUUCUCAUACUAAUAUUUAUAUAUUUAUAACAAUUAUCACACAUAAUCUUAGCAUAAACCUAACACUUUAUAAACCGAUUGCAUAUAACAACACUAUAAUACUUAUUGACUUAUAUUUCUCACAAACACUUUUCAAAAAUAACUUAAGACUAACUUCCAAAAUAGACUUUCAUAUAAUAAAUGACUUUAUGAUUAUCAUCAGGAAUUGGUUGUGACUGAAGUUGAGCAGAGGAAUUGGAAAGGAAUCCUCAUUUCGCUCUUGGUGAUCGUUAGCAUUUGUUCAUUAAUUCUACUCUCCAUAUUCAUAUUAAGUCCGCAUUUCGGAAUCGAUACAAACAAUAAGAGACUAACAGUGGAUGACUUACUAACAAAUGGCACCAAAAGCUACAGAUAUAACGGUUCGUGGCUUUCGGAGCGCGAACUCCUGUUCAUCGAUAUUCACGACUCUCAUAUUAUAU